AUGCUGCACCAAAGAGCUGACGGCACAUUUCUGAUAAGGGAUUCGACGAAUUUUCCAGGAGAUUACACACUAUCAAUGGCUUAUAGGGGAAAGGUGGAACAUUAUCGGAUCUAUCAAAGCGGGGGACAAAUCACAUGUGAUAACGAGGAAUUCUUUGCGAACCUCACCCAAUUAGUCUCACACUAUAAGCGCGAUGCUGACGGGUUAUGUCAUCGUCUCGUAACUCCAAUAAUAUGCGAGAGCUAUCGAAUUCCCUCGAGCAGUGACACUAUUGAAGAUCGUACAAGUGCUUUUCUCAAAGCUGGUCUUGUUAUACCAUCCGGUGAUAUCCGUCUCGGUGACAUUAUUGGCCACGGCGAAUUUGGAGAUGUUUUGGUGGGAUUCUACAAAGACAAGAAAGUAGCAGUCAAAGUUUCGAAGAGACAUGGCAAUGGAAUGUUAGAUUCGUUGUUGGAUGAAUCACGGUUUAUGGUGUGA